AUGCCGAAAGCAAAUAGGUCCCGCCCCAAUGGCGGGCCAACUUCGCCUUACGCCAAACCGGCCAACAGCAAAACCACCGCCAGCGCAUCCAGUCUCUCGAAUGCCAUCUUCAAAAUGAACACCGACAUUGGCCAGCACGUGCUCAAGAACCCCGGUGUGGCGCAAGCGAUCGUCGAUAAAGCCGACUUGAAGCAGUCUGAUGUCGUGCUCGAAGUCGGCCCAGGUUCAGGCAAUUUGACGGUCAAAAUCCUCGAAAAGGCCAAGAAAUGCAUCGCCAUCGAGCUCGACCCGCGCAUGGCGGCCGAAGUCACCAAGCGUGUGCAGGGCACGCCACAGGCGAAGAAGUUGGACGUCGUACUGGGAGACUUUAUGAAAACCGAUCUCCCCUACUUCGACGUCUGCAUCAGCAACACCCCGUACCAGAUCUCAAGUCCGCUAACGUUCAAGCUGCUGGCGUGCAGUCCGAGUCCGAGGGUGUGCAUACUCAUGUUCCAGCGCGAGUUUGCCAUGCGGCUCUUUGCGAAGGCAGGCGACAAGCUAUACUCGCGACUGUCGGUGAACGCGCAGAUGUGGGCAAAGAUUGACCACAUCAUGAAAGUGGGCAAAAACAACUUCAAGCCUCCACCGCAGGUCGAGUCAUCGGUCAUUCGCAUGGUUCCGAAGAACCCGAGGCCAAACAUCUCAUACGACGAAUGGGACGGACUGUUGAGGAUAUGCUUCGUCAGGAAGAACAAGACGCUGCGAGCGAAUUUCCUGGGCACUACCAGCGUGAUCGCUAUGCUGGAGUCAUACUACCGCACAUGGUGCGCACAAAACGAUAUCGCCGUAGAAGACGGCCCUCCUUCGAACCCAGAUGCGCUCAUGGAAGUGGACAAUCCAGCGGCUGGCGAGGACGAGUGGAAUGGCUUCGGCUCCGAGGACGAGAACGACGCCGCCAUGGAUAUGGAUAUUGACGACGAGGAUGACCUACCUGCCUUCUUCAAAGACAACCAAGCCCAGAAGAUCCCCAAGACGCCGUCUCGCAAAAAGAAGUCUAAAGUGACAGAGCUGGUGCGUGAGAAGGUGCGGGUAGUGCUGGAAGAUAAGACAGCCCUGGCGGACAAGAGAGCCAGGAUGUGUGACGAGGGUGACUUCUUGAAGUUGUUGUGGAGUUUCAAUCAGGAGGGGAUCCACUUCACAUGA